GUCCCGUCAUGCGUGAACAAAUACUUGUCCGACGAGCGCAUGCUGCGUGUUCACCACGACCGAGAAGUGCAUGAGAGCGCUCUGCGGGCAGCAGUGUUGAUAUUCUGUUAUCCCCGGAGUCUCCUCCUUGUGGAACGAUACCUGUACAGGUACCUCCUGUCCCUCCUCUCCACCACUGUCGUCACUCGGACUCCGACCCUGCAGAAACUGAUCGUGCUGACACACCGCGACGAUUAUCCGAGUCUGCGGGCCCUACUUGUCCCCUUCUUCGACCAGCUCUCCAUCGUGUCCAACAGCGGACUUCCCGACUUUGAGGUCUUGGCCGUAGCGACACACAUGAAGAAGAAAGAAGAAGAAGAAGAAAAAGAAGAAGAAGGUGUUGUUGCUUCCUGAGGCUGCUGCACCUGGAAAGCCGUGUACCUAGCGUGAGGUGUGCCGACCUGCUCUAGAUUGUGAAUGAAGCGUGUUCCCGUCAACCGUCGGUACUAAGGUAUACUACCCACCGCAGUGCCACGCCACACCUGCACGCCGACACUCGUGCAGACGUGCACGCCUUUUCUUAAAGCAAACGGGGCGCCCUACCACCUGGAACUUCCGACACACAUAUACCGAUUAUGGCCACCUCACCAGUGGUACCCGCCAAGAACAUCCGGAGAGUGUCUCACUUGCGAACUGUGGUCGAUGAUGCAACUGCGGGGGACGACAUUUCCGACGAUCUGAUUGACGUCUGGGAGCACGCCGUCACGUUAUACCAAGCGUAUGAGUGGCAAGAUGCGGCCGAGAGCUUCCUAUAUCUAUCACGAGUGAUUGAGCACGAAGUGGCGAGUACAGCAUGUCUGAUCAAUUCGGCGGUUAUCUUUGCCAGGCUUGGAGACUAUGCUACGGCAUCGCACAUUCUCGACGACGCCAUGCCCGUGGGUGAGCUUCUUGCUCUCACUCUCUUCAUCACAGCGCACGUUGAGAUUCAGCUGGGAGAGUGGCAGAAAGCCGAGGACUGCUUCACUGUUGCUGUUUCUGCUAUGGAGGCACCCGUCCACGAUUAUCGCCGAUUUGGCCUCACCUUUGCACUGCAAAGAUUCCAAAUUCAAAACGAUCUCAACAUGUUAUGGCAAGGCAAUUUUGAAGUGAGCAUAUUGCCAGCUUUGCCGGCUGAAUGCAUAUUUGAGGCGCCGGACCGAUACUUCAACACUCCAGCACAGUCCUCCAAGCGCAGUAGCUCCCUCGACAGCGCCCGCUUUCCUGCUUUGUCGGAGGGCGGUUCCUCGCCUCCCCAUUCACCUGCAUCGCCAAUCAUAAGGUCGAUCAAAUACAGCCAAGACGCUCUGACCUGGCACGGUGAGGAAUACGACGAGGAGGUCCUGCCCGUGCAGAGUAGCGAGACCAAGUAUGCGAUCUCCUUGCCAACGGAAGACGCGGUUUCUCCAGUACCUUAUCGAAAGCCGAGCGCAAUCAAAGUGCUAGGUAGUUUGAGACGCAAGCUCUCGACACGGACCAGUACAUCGAGCCCAGCGAAGCCAGUCGACACGAAAACGACCCAAAAGGCUUUGCUACCGCGAGAUCCCAGAAGACAGGAUGAGUCUAUCAACGAGCUCGCUGGUUUCAUAACAGAUCUUCCUCGUACUGACCAGAUGGCUCCUCGUGGGAUCGAGUCGGAAUGUGGUAAUGUGGACGAGCUCUUAGAUUUCUUCCGACUCGGGCCAGAGCCACAGCCGAUUGCAAUGGAACAGAGAUAUGCACCUGGUUCUGCGAGUAGCUCACUGUAUUCUUGCGACCAGAGCGCCGACAGUAUUCGAUCUUCCCAUCUGGCAUGGGAAAGCACAUCUCGGCCACCAUCUCCACCAUAUCGAUAUCGCCCUGACGAGCUGGGACUCUAUCUGACUCAAGGACCAGAAGCUGGCUUACCGUCUUCAAGUCCUCCACCUCUCGAGAGAGAGUUAGAGGUCACAUCCUACCUUCCCCAUACGACUUCGCAGCAGCCUCAUGAUGACUCGACCAAUGAGAAUCUUCAUUCCCCAGAAGCCGACUUGAGUAACAAACCCAGCUGGUCAUCGGCCGCGGAAGCUCCAUCCCUUCCAUCUAGCCAAAGCAACAACAACAACAACAACAACAACAACAUCCCACCACCAACGAAUCCCACUGCGAUAGAAGAACCCCAGAUCCCCUCCCGAAAGUCCUCUCUGCUCCGAACAAAGUUCUCCCUUCACCGCCCAUCCUCGUCCUCGAGAGCCUCACGGCGAAGCUCCAAAAAGCCAGCAGCAGCAGCAGCAGUGCCUUCUCCUCCUACUCCUUCAGUCCCCACGAAUAAAAAGUCCCCCAACAAGACAAUUGGCCAAUUUACCAAGGCCGUGUUGGAAUUUGGAGCCUUUUGAUUUUUGAUUUUUUCUUUUCUUCUAGCGAUGAUACCACCUUUUUUUUUCUGCGGGCUGAUGAUAGAAAGUCCGAGACGGGAAUUGGCACUGCACUGGACUGGACUGGCUUCAGGGAAUCAUAUAUGGGUGGAUUCUCAUCAAUCUGUUAUGCUAUGGCAUGCUAUGUGAACUACCAGAGUUGGGAUUGGAUGAGAUCGGAUUGCAUUGGGAUUGCAUGCGAUACGAUACGAUACGAC